AUGCCAAAUUCAAAGACGAAGAGGGUGUUGCUUGAUCUUGGCUACGGGUGCGGCGAACAAACACUUUAUCUAACAAGAAUGGCAGCGCUUCGAGCAAGCAGUAGAGAGACAAAGACACUUUUGUUUCAGCAUUACAUUGGCAUCACUUUGGAUAGAACGCAGUAUGAAUUCGCCAAAUCUAGGUUGAAGACAUCCGAAUACAUAGAGCCUACUCAAACGAAGUUACAAAGUCCAAAGGCACCUCAAUUAUUUUGUGGCGAUGCUGGAAGGCCAUCCUCGUGGCCGCAGGAUUUGCAGCAGGCUGUAUCACUUGCUUUCGCAACAGAAAGGUCACAGGGCAGCCUUUCUCCAAUAGACACUGAGCGAUAUGUGCUUGCACUUGACUCUGCAUAUCAUUUCCAGCCAUCGCGGCGCGAAAUCCUGAACUAUUCUCACUGCGUCCUUCAAGCUCACUUCAUCGCUUUCGACAUAUUCCUCGCGCCUCCCUCAUCUUCAUUAAGGUCGGUCUUUAACGGCGUCCUUUUACGUCUGCUUACUCCAGCCCUGUCAGCUCCAUUUUCAAAUUUCAUGACCAUGUCCGCAUAUAAGCGGGAAUUGCAGGAAGCAGGCUAUGCAGUGGAAAAUAUUACGAUAGAGGACAUCACUGAAGACGUCUUUCCUGGGCUGGCGAGGUUUUUGGAACGAAGAGAUCAAGAGCUGGCUGAAUUUGGCCUAGCUGGCUUCUCUAAGUGGCGAAUGUCAGGGUGGAUUUUUAAAUGGCUGUCCUUUGGGGAUGCCCUUAAAGCAGGAAUUGUAAUUGCAAAAUGGAAGGGAAACGCAAGCGGUUAA